AUGGCAAGCUGUUUCCCCUGCUUGAGCGCCAGGAAGAAGGAGGUCCCACGUUCUGCCCCAGCCAAUCCACACACCAGCAGCGUCCCUGGCGCCGUGGCACGAACUUUCUCCUUCGAGGAGCUCGCGGCGGCGACAAGAAACUUCAGCGAUACCUGCCGCAUCGUUGGUCGGGAGGAUGGUCUUUACAAAGGCUUCCUCAAGAGCAUCAAUCAGGUUGUUGCUAUAAAGCUGCAGCAUGCAGUUGAUCCAAGUGGAUCAUCGGAGCAAGAUAAUGGAGAGUUUCUUGCCCUUGCGCUGAUGAUGAGCGGGCUGCGCCACCCAAAUAUUGUCAAUCUUAUUGGCUUUUGUGCGGAUGGCCAUCACCGGAUCUUGGUUCACGAAUACAUGCCAUUUGGUUCUCUAGAAGAUCACCUCCACGAUUCAUCUCCAGGCAAAGCACCACUGGACUGGAACACGAGGAUGAACAUUGCCGCCGGUGUGGCCAGAGGGUUGGAGUAUAUGCACGACAAAGGUGUCCUCUACCGAUGCGUCAAAAGUUCAGACAUCUUGCUUGGAGACGGCUACCACCCAAAGCUGUCCCAAUAUGGACUGGCCGAGACCGCGAUGGCCGGGAAGCUGCUCCCGGGGUCGAGUGUUUACAGCUUCGGUGUCGUGCUGCUGGAGAUGAUCACCGGGCGGAGGGCCAUCGAUCACACCCAGGAUGCCAUGGAGCAUCGGCACCUUGUCACAUGGGCCCGAACAAUGAUGAAGGACAGGAGCCACUUCCGCCGGAUGGCAGACCCGGCACUGCAGGGACGAUAUCCGUCCUUGGACUUGCAGGAGGCCCUCGAAGUUGCUUCGGUGUGCACCCACGACAGUCAUGCCAUGAGAGCACCCAUCGGCACCGUCGUCACGGCUCUGUCGCGCCUCGCCUACGAUGUUGAUCCACCCGAAUCAUCACACCACGCGGCACCUAAUUAA